AGUGCUGUUCAUUCACAUAGGCUGCUUCCAUUAAACACACAAGGUCACAGAGAUGAGUGGACGAAUAGGAGACCUGAGCCCAAAGCAGGCUGAGAUUUUAGCCGAGUUUCGGGAGAGGAUUCAGGACAUCCUUCCAAGCUUGCCUGCGCAGCAUGAUCACUACCUCCUGCGCUGGCUCAGAGCCCGUAGCUUCAAUGUUCACAAAGCUGAAAGCAUGAUCAGGAAGCAUGUGGUGUUUAGGGAACAGAUGAAAGUAGACACCAUCCUAUCUGACUGGAAACCUCCAGAGGUGAUUAAGAAGUAUGUAUCUGGAGGGAUGUGUGGCUAUGACCGUGAGGGAAGUCCAGUCUGGUACGAUGUGAUUGGCCCUCUAGAUCCUAAAGGUCUGCUGAUGUCAGCCACCAAACAGGACUUCCUGAAGACUAAGAUCCAAAACACAGAGAUGCUACGGCAGGAAUGUCAAAAACAGUCUGAAAAGUUGGGGAAGUACAUUGAAUCCAUCACUCUAAUCUAUGACUGUGAAGGACUUGGAUUGAAGCACAUUUGGAAACCUGCUAUUGAGACCUAUGGAGAGAUCCUCACCAUGUUUGAAGACAACUAUCCUGAAGGCUUGAAGAGGGUGUUUCUCAUCAAAGCGCCCAAAAUGUUUCCUGUGGCCUACAACCUGAUCAAACACUUUCUGUGUGAGGAAACACGGCGCAAGAUCAUUGUUUUAGGAAGUAACUGGCAAGAAGUGCUACGUGAACAUAUUGACCCAGAUCAGCUUCCAGUGGUGUAUGGAGGAACUCUGACUGACCCAGAUGGAGACCCCCACUGCAGAACCAUGAUCAAUUUUGGUGGUACAGUUCCCAAGUCCUACUAUGUGCAGGAUUCAGUGAAGGUUCAGUAUAACAAAAGUGUGACCAUCAGCCGUGGCUCUGUCAUCCAGCUGGAGUUUGAUGUUCCUGCAGCCAGCAGCCUCCUGAGGUGGCAGUUUGCCAGUGAUGGAGCAGAUAUUGGGUUUGGAGUGUACAAGAGGACUAAAGAGGGCAGCCAACAGAAGAUAGCUGACAUGCAGCAAGUUCUACCCAGCGAGCGCUACAAUGCACACUUGGUCCCUGAAGAUAGCUGCCUCACCUGUCCUGAGCCCGGAGUCUAUGUGCUGUGUUUUGAUAACAGCUACAGCAUCCUUCAGUCCAAGAAAGUGAGAUACAAGGUUGAAGUUAUUCCACCGGCAGAUGUUCUGAUGCAAUAUCCACGCAGCAGUGGUGAUGGAAGGCUACAGUGAGGACACCCACAGCUGAGAGGACACAGUUCUGAUCUUUGUUACUAGUUAGCUAUGUCAUCCCAUCGGGGCUAAAUUACCUCCACUUCUUCCACUGCGUUCAGUAUGUAUGAAUUCAUGAUACACACAUGCAUACAUUUGUUGUAAUUUUAUUACGAAGUGACUUAAAACCAGGCUGAAUUUGGGAGUCACAGCUGAAUCUGCAGCUUUCUUUAUCUUUAUAGAACUUUUCACUGAUUAAAACUUGAAGUUUACCUGACUAAUUGCUAAACAACCCAUGAUAGCUGAUUCUACUGGUCACUUUGAAUCAGCAAAAAAGAUGUUUUUGUAUACAUCUGAUUCAUUUUGAGCUCUAUUUUUGGCAUCUACCCCCUCUCAAGGGAAUUAUCGCUGGGGGGGGGGUUCAGCCCCAUUUUGAUCACAAACUUCAUGUAAUUCAUCUAUAUGUAGUCUGUGAGUUAAGCUUGUGAGGGAAGUUAAACAAAAUAUCUAAAUCAUCAAUCAAUAUAUAUUUCUCAAUCAAACGCUAAAUCAUGAGAUCAUUUCUGAACAUGUAUUUACACAUACAUUUAGGACACUGUACACAUUAUAAUUAAACACUGUUAGGUGUGUUUGGCUUGUAGUUAAUGUAACAGAUGAGUUACUUUAAUUGGAGAGCUUUCCACAGACUUCUGAAGGUUUACUUCAGCAUCUUUUAGUGGUAGCUUUAGCUAGUAUUGAGUGGUACAUACAGUAUUAUUAAGGGAAAUAUUAAACAAAUUGAGAGAAAUAACAGGGUUGGUUUGCCCACGGUGUAAUGUAGCCAUUGUUUUCCACUGCAAAGAAGAACCAUUCAGAACAACAGUAACAAAGAGAAAUGUUUACUUUAUACAGCAUUUCAAACCAGAACCACAAUUAACUGUACAAGCUCAUCAUUUAAUACUGAAGGACCACAUUUGUAAAGAUUUACUGUGUUCUAGUAAUUUUUGUAAUUAAUAUGGUAAUAUAUUAGUAAGAUGUUCAUAUAUACGUGCUUUGUGAAAUAUAGUAUAAUAUAAGUGCUUUGUAUAAGUGCGUCAGUUUGGGAUGGAUACAAGAAAAAAAAGCCCUUAAGUUUUAAAAGGCCCACAACAUCAUGUUUUUGUUGCCAUAUUUGUCUCUUUAUAGUCAUCCUGUCUGUGUAGAUGUGUUCAGCUCCUUGUGGUAGUUUUGCAUCUUGUACAUAGUUUCUCUGUCUUAAUAUUGACAUGUUUUGUUUUUGUAAUCUGGGCCUGUUCUAUGAAGAGAGUUGAACAUAUCCAGGGUGUCUUUUUGUAAUCUGGAUUCAUCCACUAACCUGGUUAUUAGCUGGUUAUCAGCUUGUACAUUUCAUUAUUUUUUAAAAGAGAGUUUUAGGUUUUAUUCUGCUGCCUGGAUUGUUAUUAGCUGUUUGAGAGCAUGUAAAGAAUAAAUAUAAAAAUUGAAUUCAAAUGAAUGCUUAGAGCUGGAAUUUGGAACAUAUCCUGCUCAACAACAGUACAAUUUACCAUGGCAAUAUACCCUCAUAAGAAGCUAACUACCUUCAUGAUACAAAACACGCCAGGAUUAACCAGUGGAAAUAUGGUUUAAGAGGUUAAGUAAUACAAACUUCCGUGUUAGAGAAAACGCACUGUAAAGUAAUACAGUAUUACAAGUGUGCAUUUUAGGCACUUUGGUGGGUAAGAUUGGAACAGAGCUACUACAUUUUAAAAAAAGUUUAGCCUAUUUGAAAGAAAGGUGUCAUAAAUGUAGACUGUGUAAAUUAACCAACUUAGCAAUAUCACAAUUCUAUCUUUUAGACAUGUGAGAAUAAUGGAUUGUAACUGACUAUUUCUUUAAAUUUAUAUUUAAAAGAUAGUGUUAAUUUUUCACCUAUAGACUCAGUUGUGUUUAACAGCCUAAGAGUAAAAAAAGAAAAGAAAAAUAACACCAGAACGUAAUGGGUAGGCUUAGUUUAUGUGCCAAUUGCAUAUAAAGUCCACAAGUACAAAUAGUUUUUCUGGUACAAACAUGCACAGAGGCAAAACAGUCAAAUUACUUUCUGGGGCUAUUUAUCAAAUCAAAUUCUGAAGUUUUGUUUGAUAAGUGUACCUCCACUCUGCUCAAACUGGAUAAUAAUGGCCUUUAAAAUUACUGAUUGCUGCACUAUAAUCUCUUGAAAUUAAAGAUGUACAUAAUUAUAAUUGAUCCACAAUCUAAAGAAGCAUGACGUCAUGAUGUAAAAUGAUGCUGGUUUAUUUCUUAAUCAUUGGAAACUCUGUCAUUGUGGAAUUUUAAUAAAUAAAUUUUUAUUCAUAAA